CCCCUCUCAGUGGUUGUUUGUUAUGAAAUUUGAAUCGGAGUACGGAUUUGUUUACUUCGUUGUUUCGUUUCGUUUGACAAGUAAUCUCUGUACUUCCCGCUGUGCCUUAACACCUUAACGUACAUCUUGUGUCCGUCUUUAAGACAUUCACUGAUGUAAUUUUGCCAUUCACACGAUGUCUGCCUUGCCAGAAUGGCUGUGGCCGAUGGAGGAUGAGGAGGCUGUCCAGGAAGCCGAGCGUCUCAUUGAGGAAACUCACAACACACUCCGAAGGAUGGAAGCUGGUCUGAAAGACCAGACAAUUUCAGGCCAACAUCUAUCAGAACAAGCUGAAAAACUUAAAUCGGAGGUGAACAAAAAAAUGCAUGCCUUAGAAAAAGAGCUAAUGAGCAUAUCAGAGCCAACAUCAGUCAACCCACAGUCUCAUAAAGAAGGCGUUGCCAAGGAACAACGCAAAUUGAAGCCAGCAUCAGCUAGAGAGGAUGGUCAUUGUCGACAGCAUACAAAUUUAAAUGCAUCUACUAGUCAAUCUAAAUCCAACUCCAAACUUAAUGACCAUUCAGCUGCACAGCAGCGAGCACAAAAUAUUUCUAAUUUACAUUCACUGUCCAAACAAUGGAAAAAUGUUGAUCCCAAGUGGAGCUCAAGUACUGCAGAGCAGGUUGUUCUAACUGCAAGGGCGAAGGUUCAAGAUGCAUUAGCUGUCGCACGCAAUGUUACAGCGUCUUUGGACCAUCAUGUGUCAGCGUCGUCUGUUCACAGUAGACCAAUGCCAAAGCUUCAGGCAAGGAAUAUAGGAAUUUUUGAAGUUAAGAGUCACUCUGACGGAAAGAUAGUUGCUCCAAAACAAAGAUUGGGACAAACAUUACUUCCUUCCAUUUCCAUCAAACAAGGUCUAGAGAAGCAAUCUAUUCCUUCAAUACAAAUACUGCCAGGAGAGAAAACAGCCCUGUCAAAUGUUUUUGUUUGCAAUAUGAAGUAUGAUGACUAUAAAGAGCGAAGUGGAGAUUCUCAAGACAGAAGUGCUCCAAAGGUGCCAAAGAAGUUUUCUGUGGAACAUCAAAGUGCCAACACCGCCACCUCUAAAGUUACUGAUGAAGAAAGUGCUGUUGUUCAGCUUUCAAGACAAUUAGCAGAGGUUGAAGAAUUGCGGGAGGUGAAUCAAGCUCAAGUAAAUCAUGUGUUACGUUUCCUUCUGUCUCGUGUCUGCAAUUCUACACCUACUGAAAGAGCAACAAAGUCUCCAACGGACUCUCAUAAUAAAGUGUGUGACCAGCAAGACAAAUCACACACUACGUCGAGCUCUGACAGUAGUCAGUAUCCUAUCGCAUAUGACAGCCUAUCUCGCUUUCUUGAAACAUAUAAGAGAGCAGCAGACCAGUCAAUGUUGGCUCGCAAGCGUGCUACAGUGCGCAGAAAAAAGGAGGUUGCAAAACAUAAGAGAGAAAUUGAGAAAGCUCAAACAUUUGCUGAGAACCACCUGUUGAUUGGACCCUUGAGACAAGGGACCCAGGUGAAAGAAACAGAUUUGAAGCAGUCAAAGCUUGAACCACAAGAUUUAAUGGAGUCUUACAGCACAUCAAGUGGCUCAAAUAGGGAGCUUGAAUUGCAUGAAAAUGCAGAAAUAAAUGCAAACAGCUUGAGAGAACAUAGCACUGAAAGCAUCCCAUCCAAAGAAAUGAGAGACUGGAAUUCACCUUUACAGAGCUUGAAAAGUAGUAGCAAAGAAUCAGUGUUUUUACCUGUUAAGUCUGUUGGAGGUGUCAGUGCAGAAGACUAUGAAGAUGAUUGGGAAGAGGAGGAUAAUCUCAACAAAUCAUCUAAUUCAGAUGAAGGAGAAAGUUUAUCAGACUCCAUUUUGCCACCUAUCGUUGAAGCAGAAGAAUUGGCCUCCUCUGUAACUCAUUCAGAAAAUCAGAAAUAUUCUAUUGACUCCCCUAAAGUUGAACAGAAGUCCUCCCAGUUCAAUACAACCCAAACAACAGCUCUUGAAAAGGAAAAGGCACAUCAGGAGGAGGAAAAGAAAGAAAUACAGGAAGAACAAUCAGUCCCACUUUUUCAUACAAUGCAGUCCUCACCAUCAAAUUUGAAUGGAGAACUAGGCACUGUUUCUGUGCAAACACAGCAAACUGAGGAAAUGCUCAAAUGUGGAAAUACCCACGAUAGACCACAGUAUUUAUCAAAUAGUCGCCCAAUGUUGGGAGAGAGACAAGGUGAAGGUUCAGAAACCCCUGGAGCAGAAAUAAGCCAAGAGAAGCCUCCUGGUACUAGUUCAGGUAGAAAAAUGAAACAACAUCAAUCCACUCUAAGGAGGAGUCUAGUUGGGCAUCAUAGUUUAUGUAGCAGUAGUUCUGAUGCUGAAGUGAAUAAUGACUCAAGGCCUCCUCGCAGUUCUAGGCGACAGGAUUUGAGUUUGAGAGAAGAUUUGCAGCUACAAAGUGCUAUUCUUCUUAAUUGGCAGCUAGAAGAGCGAUUGAAAAAAACUAGUAAUGAAACUUCGGUCGCUAAAGAUCAACCAAAUUUACCAAUCUUACACACGGAUGUCCUUACAGAUAUAGAAAGACGAUGGCAAAGGACACUAGAUCAAUUAGAUCAGAGGCUGAAGAUGAUUGAGGAUAAUGAGAGAAUUCAUCGAAUUGCCAAUGAAAUAAAAUUACAUUCCAGGCUAGAAUGUGCCAGGCCUAUUGAUCAUGGAGGAGAAAAGCAUGUAUCAAUGGAGGAGAAGAAUUCAAUUACCAAUACAAGAAGUAAUGCUGAAAUGAAAGUUCCAACCAAAGACAUAAUGGUACAAACAAGUCCAGAGAAGAACAAAUUUCAUAUAGAGGCAAAAGAAUUUGAACCGCUAUUAACAUCUUCUAUGGAACUAUUAAGUAAGAAGCCGGAACCAAUAAAUCAAAGGUUUGUCAGUAGCUCUUGGCAGAAAUCUUUGCAACCUUCUGGGGAUUUGACAGCAGAGCUAUUGAAAUAUAGUAGUAUGGGAAUAUUACCAAGGCAAGGACACAGGGAACGCCAAAAUUCAAAAUCAUCAUCAUCAUCAUCUUCCUCAUCCCAUUUUCAACAGAGCAGUGCUAUGGUGUCUCUUUCUGAAGGUGAAUUAAGGAACAGUGCAUGUGGCAGCUGCAGCUGCAGCUGCAGUGAAGGAGAAUUUUGUGUCUGUGGAGGACGCAAGUUGUGUUCUGAACGAGCUCCACCUGAUGGAUCUCAAACUUUAAGUGAUGGAGAAAAUUUUAUGAAAGAUAUAAGCCAGGGAGAAAUUCCAUCAUGUAAAAUGAGGCACCUACUCCAAGACACCAGUUUUGGAGAGAUAGCUAAUCAUGUGCAAGAAGUUCUGUCAGGUGAUCCAUACAUGGCUGAAGAAAGUAUUGAAAGUGACGAUAUUGAUUGGGAACUCAAGUGAAGAAUUCUCUUUGCACCACCGCAAUGUAUAUACUAAUAUAAUAGUGUUUCUGUAUAGUGAGACAUUGAUGAAAAUAAUGUUUAUUUUUUUUGUUAAAGAAAAUAUUUAAAUUAUUGGAUUUAGUCAACAUGUUGCUGUGCACAGGGUGGCUGAAGCAAAUAAAAUUAACUAAGAAGUA